UACUUUUUGAGUUAUUGCAGAUUCAGACAGACACACAGACAAACAGGCGCACUGAAUGACUUACACACGGACAGACUGGGAGUCAACCUAUACUCUCCACCGGUAAAACCGGUACGUAAAUUAAAAAAUCUCAUUUUAGUGUCGCCAGUGCCAUGGAUUGCCGUAAGAGAGAUAUGUACUUCAAAAUUGAAUGUUGAAUGCAGUGUUUCUGGUGGUAGUUACGGAUUGUGGACGUUUCACUGGACUCCAAAUGGCGAGACGGUUUGGCAAAAUAUGGCAAAAAUAUUGUUCAACAAAUAUGUAUGUAUUGCAACUUACCAUCGCAGUAUUGAUAUGAUGCUAUGUAUGUGUAUACCUGGAAAUGGGGUCAGUUGCUUCUUCUGAAGAACAUAUUGCAAACACAGGCGACAAAUGGAAUUGUUCUAAAAUCUGGCAUGGUCAUACUUACUUUAGCGAUAACACGAAUGUACCCGGUAAUGGUAAGAUUUUAAUAACCGUAACGAAGAGGGUAUUUUGGGGGUUUAAGCGUGUAUCAUAUAUCCGUGUUUUUAAUUAUAAUAUUUACUAUAACCUUAUACCACCUGAUAAUGACUGUUCUGACAAAAUGACGUUUUUAUAAGAAACCAAACCAUGUCCAUCUACGUCGGCCGAAGAGAAUUUUACCGACAUUGGACGUACGGCUAGCGGAAUCCUAGAAAACGGCGUUGAACACGUAACAGAAACUAUCAAUACUUACACAGACGAGGAAGAAAACAAUAUCACAGCGGAAAGCGCCAAUAUCAUCACGAUACGCAAUGCAUACAAUACGGCGGAAGUUAAUCGCGAGGAAACGGAUAACAAACCCGAGACAAUGUCUAACAGGCAGUUAAUGAUCAUCGUGGCAGUUGUGGGUGCAGCGAUUGUUAUUGCAACCAAUGCGUCCAUUUGCACCUAUUGGAAAAUGAAAACCCGUUCAAGGGCAGAAAGGCAAACAUUGACGAUUAUGCUGAGCGAUAUAGAGACCACCACUGAAGAAAACACACACGUUCAUUAUUAUGAAAUCGAGGACACACCAAGCAAUGUCGGUUAUGACGGUUCUGCGGUGCCUGAUUUUCUUAACACAAUAGCAUCAACAGACAACUUCGUAAAUAUCCCACAAGUCCACUACGAAAAUAUUGCGCUAACGGCACCAACUGAACUCAGCAAUAUCAUCCAGAUAAACACCAUGGAACACCAAGACAACACCGUCCCAACACAAGCAAUCGGAAUUAAUAACAUUUGUAAGAUACCUCGCAAACACAGCACGGUGGUUUCAACAUCCAGUAGCAGCCAGACCUUCAGAACAGCGCAAGAACAUGAUGGUUUUAUGACAUUAGCCGAUAUCAACAUUUUUGACGGUGCUGUUGCCGAUUCAAAUGGCCCUAACGAUCCGCCUCGUCACAGCGGUGCUGUAUUUAGGACGGACGUGGAAUGCAGUCAUUACGAAAAUCUUGAUCCAACCUCACGGGAUGCAAACUCGCAGUACACCACACUCGUUUGAAGCCAUAAUAAAACCAAAUCCAUUGCCAAUUCAUUUUUAUUGUAUUUUCAUCACGAGCACAAUCAUAUUAUUUAAGAAAAAGAAAACCUCACUGAGGGCCCUAUGGCAGAAUAGUGACCAGCCAGGCAGCCCCAAAUAGUAUAUGGACCGAUGCCGAAGGUAUAUUAUACCGAACAUUUUUGUGCAGAUAAAUGUCAAUAGAAAUAAAAAUAAAUAACACAAUAAAAAUUCCAUAAAUAUUUAUCAGUUUCUUUGAAUAAUAUAAUAUGUACCGUAUUAUUGUUGUGCGCGAGUUGUCUCCCUGCAAAAGUUGGACACGGAAAAAAUCGCUUCUUUAUAUAAAAUUCAUUUUUAUUGUAAAGCAUUUCACAUAUUGAGAUACAUUUUACAUAGAGAUAAGUGCUUAUAUCACAGACAACAUGUUGCAAAACAUUAAACCCAAAUACAGCAUUUAUUUUUUGUAUUUUUAAGAUGUGAAUAAUAAUAAAAAAACACACACUCGUGACCUGCGAAACGAAUCGUUACUUUUAAUAAUAUGUACGGUAUUAUUGUUGUGCGCGAGUUGUCUCCCUGCAAAAUGAGACACGGAAAAAUACGCUUCUUUAUAAAAAAAUUAAUUUUUAUUGUUAAGAAUUUCACAUACUGAGAUACAAUUUAUAUUAAAAUAUCUGCUUUUAUUACAGACACAAUUUUGCAAAACAUUGAUCCCAAAUAUAGUAUUUGACUUUUGUAUUUUUUAAGAUGUGAUUAAUAAUAAAAAACACACACGUGUCACCUGUCAAAUUAUUCCUUGGCAUCGUAUUUUUCCUUACAAAAUGCAAUUUAAAUGAAAUUCGUAUGAAUAAACGGCAUUCGUUUGGCGUAUUAUCAUUUUUCAAUAUAUGCAUUUUAUGCUGUGUUCUGUGUGUUUCCAGUUAAGCUUGCAAUCACUCAUCAAUUAUGAUUUUAUUUUUGGGUGUGUAUGGUAAUUAAUUUUAGUUUAAUUUAGUUUUUCUCUUUUAUUAUUAUUGUAUUGUUCAGUUUUAUUUAUGUUGUUAUUUUUAAAAAUGUGUGAUGUUAAAAUUUAUAAACAAAACUUAUAUUCAAGCUGAGAAUUGUAUUAUAAGCAAACAUUUUUAGUAGUUAAAUUUAACAAUAAUACACUAUCUGAAUUCAAUACUUUAUUUUUUAAAUUCAUAGAUUAAAAACAAAUUCUUCGUGAGACUACCAAUGUCACAAAAAGCACUCUUAUGACUACGUGUUGUUAUUUGUCUGUUUCUCUUAUUGAAUUUAUAAUUAACAAUAAGAGCAUGGAGAGUAAAUAUAACCCAGCAAAUUUAAAGGCAUACAUGUUCGGUAUUUUUGUUAAGUA